AUGAACCAGGCCUCCCCAAAGUUCGGAACAUUUAUCUGUCUCAACUGCGCCGGCACACAUCGCGGGCUAGGCGUGCAUAUUUCCUUCGUCCGCUCCAUUACCAUGGACGCCUUCAAACACGCCGAGAUCCAACGCAUGGAGUUGGGAGGCAACGAUCCCUGGAAGUUCUUCUACGACGAACACCCUGUUACUGUCUCGGAAGGCCGCACAUUUGAAGACUCGACUAUCAAGGAACGAUAUGAAAGCGACUCGGGCGAAGAAUGGAAGGAGCGGUUAUCGUGCAAAGUCGACGGUCGCGAGUACAUCCAGGGCCAAGAGAAAAAGAACAAUUCAUUGCGGUCGAGCACGCCCUUGAGCUUGGCUGGCACUGGUGCGGGUGCUGUAGCUGGCGCUCGGGCUGGGUCGCCUGCGACGUCGUCGAUUCGCUCUGGUGACAACCAGCGGGGUGGUCUACCCAGCAAGAAGGAGCAGAACGAGGCGUAUUUUGCGAAGCUGGGCAGUGAUAAUGCUAGUCGCGUCGAUAACUUGCCGCCCUCCCAGGGCGGGAAGUUUACUGGUUUUGGGGGUGGUAUGCCCACGUCCUCCGCGGGUGAGCGGCGCUCUUCGCCAUUUGGGGGAUUCGGAGGUUGGGGUAAUAGUGGCGGUGGUCAGCCGUUUGAAGAUCUCCAGAAAGACCCAAUGGGCACUAUCACCAAGGGAUUUGGGUGGUUGACAUCGACGGUUGGUAAGAGCGCAAAACAGGUUAAUGAGACUUAUCUACAGCCAACGGCUAAACAGCUGGUCGAAUCCGACUUCGCAGUCCAGGCCCGUGUCCGUGCUUCUACACUCGGCCAGAAUCUGCAAACAAGCGUUCGCGGCGCUGCCGACCAAUUCAAUAAGUUUGUCGAAGGAGAAGACGGACAAGGUGACGGACGCCGUAAUCGUGUUGAGCCUGAGCGCCGAGACUUCUGGGACGAUUUCUCGUCCGUGGGAGACCAAGGUAGAACCAACCGCCGCCGUAGCGCAUCACAACGGUCUGACGUUGUUGGAACCGCUGCCUUGCGUAAAGGCCCCACUGCCUCCUCGCUGGCUCACUCUACGCCUGGCUUUUCUGGUACAGAAGCUGGAGAGAGUAAGAAUACAACCGCGUCGGCGGCGGGUAAGGGUAAGGAUGAAUGGGAUGACAACUGGUAG